ACCUGUGGAGUGUUUUUAAACUGAUGUCCCUCUGCUGGUGUGACUUCCCCUUUAAAAAGCUAACUUAGCAUCGAUACUCACUAGUUUCCAUUGCGAAGUGCAACAUGAGCUGGCACUUGUGGUUCAUUGUGAACAGGAGGAGGUAGCAUGUCCGGGGGAAACAAAGCCGUUGAGUUACAGCUUCAGAUGAGACAAAACGCGGAGGAUCUGCACAGUUUCAUGAAGGAGCUGGAGAGCUGGGAGAUUGACAUCAAGAAGAAGGAUGAGGAGCUGAGGACAGGGGGAGGACCGGAGGUUCUGGAAAAACUCCCACCUGUGCGCAACAGAGACUACAAAACAAAAAUGAGAGGAAAGAGGAAGAAGAAAGAGGCUAGUGUUGGUGACACAAAGUCAGAGGAGCCUAAGAAGGAACCAAAACUGAAAUCUUUUGAUUAUCGAUCAUGGGACAAGUUUGAUGUGGACAAAGCUCUAGCAGAAAUGGAUAAGGAGAAUUCUCUCGGUGAGUCAAACGAGUCGGACUCUGAGGACAACGCGGUUGAUCAGGAGAAAUCUGUGGCCGAGAAGGAAAAGGGUAAUCAGUUUUUUAAAGAUGGGAGGUAUGACGAUGCCGUAGAGUGUUACACCCGAGGGAUGGCUGCAGAUCCGUACAACCCUGUGCUCCCCACAAACAGAGCCACCGCCUUCUUCAGGCUCAAAAAGUACGCUGUGGCUGAGUCUGACUGUAACCUCGCCAUCGCCCUCGACAGCAGAUACUUUAAGGCAUUUGCUCGUCGCGGAGCCGCUCGCUUUGCUCUGAAGAGUUAUCAGCCGGCAUUAGAAGACUACGAGACGGUUCUCACGCACGAUCCGGCCAACGUGGAGGCACGAAACGAAGUGAAGAAAAUCAAGGAGAUCCUUGGACUUCAGGGCGUCCCGGGUGAGGAGGAGCAGCCGGCGGAGGCUCCGACGGUCGAUCCCGAUCAGCAGAGACGAGUGGAGGAGCAGCAGAGGAAACAGGAAGCAGUUAUUUACAAAGACAGGGGGAACGCUUACUUCAAGGAGGGGAAGUACGAAGCAGCUGUGGAGUGCUACACCAAAGGCAUGGAGGCCGACCGCAUGAACGUUCUCCUGCACGCCAACAGAGCCAUGGCCUUCCUCAAGCUGCAGAAGUAUCAGGAGGCCGAGGAGGACUGCUCGGCCGCCAUCUCCCUAGACCAACUCUACUCCAAGGCUUUCGCCCGCCGAGGCACCGCCAGGGUGGCUUUAAGGAAACUGGAGGAGGCCAGAGAAGAUUUUCAGCAGCUGCUGAAGCUGGAACCAGGAAAUAGACAGGCCCUGAACGAGCUCCAGAAGCUCCAGCUUGAGACGGGCUCCGGUGGUUGUCUUCAACCAGAGGACGCGUUGCAGAGAAGAACGGUCCAGCCGGUAGAGAAACCAGAACAUCUGCGUUCAGCUAAACCUCUAAGGAGGAUCCACAUCCAGGAGAUCAGCGGGGAGAUCUUUGCACCUGAGGUAGAGGCGUCCAUGUCGUUGGUCCAGGAAGUGGAGAGGAAGAGCGAGGAAGAGUCUCCUCUGUCCUCGUCUCCCAAUGCCAAGAUGAUCAAAAUGGAGGAGACGACGGACACCAGCACGUCUGACCAAGAACCAGUCCAGGAGGGAACCCCUCCUCCACCCGAACCAUCCAGCACCCCCUCCCUGACGGAGACAGACCUGCCUCCUCCACCCACUAACGCCUUCCAGCUGGAGUCCGACCUCCGAAGGAUCAGAAAGCGGCCCGAGCUGAUUUACCGAUACCUCCGGCAAAUCCGACCUGCAGCCUUCUGCAACAUUUUCAGCACCUCCCUUGAGCCGGACGUCCUGAACGAGAUCCUGAAGACGCUGCGAGACUUCUUCAUGAAGAGUGAAGCUCCAGCCACCAUCUUGGAAACCCUCAGCAGUCUGGCGAGCGUUCGGCGCUUCGACAUGGCCGUCAUGUUCAUGUCGUCCCAGGAGAAGAAAGUACUCGAGGAGCUGUUCGACUUCCUGCUGCGCUCCGAGCUGGACCGACCCGCCGUCGCAGCCCUGCAGAAAAGGUACGGAGUCUGACGCUCGGACUCGGGAAGAAUCUGCGAACCGAGGCGACGGAACAAUCGGGUCUUCGUGAGAACGCAGAGCUGCAGAAACGUUCUGUUAAAUAAAUCCUGGCGUCGGCUGAACGGGUUCGGACCGGACGGAACCGU